AUGGAGAGUCCUCUGCUGGGAGAGACUAGCGACUCCAGCUACCAGCGGCCGGAGCACUUCUACCGCCGCGCCGACGCCAUCACCUACGGCUCCAAUUUCCAGAAGGCCGCUGCUCUCGUUGAUCUGGCGGAAGAUGGCGUUGGUUUGCCUGAGCAAAUUCUUGACCAUUCAAGCUUUGGAACUGCUGCCAAGUACUACUUCGUGUUUAUCAAGUUCGACUUCAUCUGGACGCUUAAUUACUUUGCUCUCAUUCUCUUGAACUUCUUGGAGAAACCGCUGUGGUGUGCAAAUUGUGCUGAUGAUUGCUGCAAAGACAGAGGUUACUUCUAUCUUGGACAGCUGCCUUACUUGAACACUUUGGAGACCCUUAUCUAUGAGGUCAUAACUUUCAUUAUACUCAUAGCUCACAUUUUCUUUCCACUUUUAUAUGAAGGCCCCCGGAUAUUCUGGAAAAAUCCUUUCCAUUGGUUUAAGGUUGUUUGCCUUGCAAUUCUGGUUGCUGAUUUACUAGUUUAUGGCCUCUACUUGUCACCUGUGGCCUUCAGUGUUCUUCCUGUCAGGAUUGCGCCUUAUAUACGAGUUGUCUUUCUCAUUCUGAGUAUCAGGGACUUACAGAAGAGUAUCGUGAUUCUGGCUGGAAUGCUGAGAACAUACAUAAACAUCUUGGCUUUAUGGCUUCUGUUUCUUCUGUUUUCUAGUUGGGUGGCCUUUGUCAUGUUUGAAGAUACUGAGCAGGGGAACACAGUUUUCACGUCAUAUGCAAUCACAUUGUACCAGAUGUUUAUCUUAUUUACAACAUCAAACAACCCGGAUGUUUGGAUACCUGCAUAUAAAGCUUCACGCUGGUACGCCCUUUUCUUUGUCCUCUAUGUGCUGCUAGGAGUCUACUUCGUCACCAACUUGAUUCUUGCCGUUGUAUAUGAUAGCUUCAAAAAUCAGCUCGUGAAACAAGUUGCCGAGGCAGACAACAUGAGGAAAAGAACAUUAAUGAAAGCCUUCAGUCUCAUUGAUAAGUUUAAUGUUGGUCAUCUUGAUAAAGAACAAUGCAUCCGUUUGUUUGAAGAGCUUAAUCAGUACAGGACUUUGCCAAAAAUAUCAAGAGAAGAUUUUGAAUUAAUAUUCAGUGAACUGGAUGAUAGUGGUGACUUUAAGAUAAACUUAGAUGAAUUUGCCGACCUCUGCCAUGCUAUUGCUUUGAGAUUCCAAAAGGAAGAUGUUGCAUCUUGCUUUGAGUACUUCCCUACAGUCUAUCAUGCACCAUUCUCAAAGAAGCUGAAGACCUUUGUGCGAAGCCCCGUAUUUGGCUACAUAAUAUCCUUCAUUCUUGUGGUCAAUCUUGUUGCUGUUAUUAUCGAAACAACGCUUGAUAUAGCAGACAAUUCUGGUCAGAAAGCGUGGCAAAUUGCGGAGUUUGUAUUUGGGUGGAUGUAUGUGCUAGAAAUGGCCCUGAAAGUUUACUCAUAUGGGUUCUCGAACUAUUGGAGGGAUGGCCAAAAUCGUUUUGAUUUUCUCAUCACACUUGUCAUCGUUAUUGGUGAAACUAUAACAUUUGCAACUCCAGAUGGUCUAACAUUUUUCACGAAUGGAGAAUGGAUUCGUUACCUCCUACUUGCCAGAAUGUUGAGAUUAAUAAGGCUGUUGAUGUAUGUUCGAACUUAUCGAGCUUUUCUUGCCACAUUUUUAACCCUCAUUCCAAGUCUGAUGCCAUAUUUGGGAACAAUAUUUUGCAUUCUAUGCAUAUAUUGUUCUCUUGGGGUACAGAUCUUUGGCGGAAUCGUUAAUGCUGGGAAUCCAAACUUGGAGGCCACGGAUCUUGCUGGAAAUGAUUACUUGCUUUUCAAUUUUAAUGACUAUCCGAAUGGGAUGGUGACCCUCUUUAAUCUGCUGGUUAUGGGAAAUUGGCAAGUCUGGAUGCAGAGUUACACUGAAUUGACGGGGAGCCGUUGGACUGUUGCUUAUUUCAUCAGCUUCUACCUAAUUACUGUUCUGUUGCUCUUGAAUUUGGUUGUUGCUUUUGUCUUGGAGGCGUUCUUCGCUGAAAUGGAACUUGAAGCAUCAGAAGAGAAUGAUGAGGAGCCCAGCACCACAAAGCCCCGUUCCCGAUAUUUAGGCACUAAAACUCGAAGUCAGAGAGUUGAUAUACUUCUCCAUCAUAUGUUGAGUUCAGAGCUGAGCGAAACAGCCGCCUGCUGA